UUCCCUUCCCUCUUUCCACUCCCAAAAUUAUUCGCGAUCCAGUGACCUCCUUCUCACCGGCAAUUAUUGAUUCAGGCGGACAGUCAUCUUUUCAAGGAAAUCUCUCAUUUUCAUCUUCUCGGUUCUUCUUCUUUGAGAUAGAUCUGUAAAAAUAUCUCAUUUUAUUGAGAAGAAGCGUGGGGUAGUAAAAGGAAGAUGACGGCCGAGCAAGCCUCCGCUUUCAAAUCGGUGACCGAAUGGGUUUAUUUGGAUCACCCAAAUUCCUCUUCUUCAUCUUCUACUACGUCGGCUUUAUCUUCGUGGGUGGUUGAUGAUUUUGGGGAUCAAAAGAGUUUGGGGAGAGGGAUGGAUAAAGUGGUGUUUGAAUUGCAUUCCCAUUCUAAACACAGUGAUGGGUUCUUGUCUCAUUCAAAGCUCGUUGAGAAAGCUCAUGGCAGAGGGGUGAUUCUAGAGGAAGUGAGCCUCUUGCAGAAGCAGCAGUGCGGCUUAUAUGUGAAACUGGGGGUUUAGCAGUCCUUGCUCAUCCAUGGGCACUAAAAAACCCUAUUCCGAUCAUAAGACAGUUAAAAGAUGCGGGCCUUCAUGGAAUGGAGGUUUACAGAAGUGAUGGAAGACUGGCAGAUAUUUGUUUGAUGUGUUAAAUUGUUGAUAUCCCUAUUCGUAACACCUGCAUGCUUUUACAUAUUGACUUAGCUGUCCAUGUACUUGGGCAGAAAAAAAUACUACUAUGUUAUGCUCGAUUUCCUCGUGAUUGCAUAAUUGCAUAUUUUGUUAUUUAUUUGCUUGUUUAUAUUGAGCUUAGCUUUACACAAGGCCGAUAUGAGACUGAUGCUAGUUAAAAGCUUUUCAUAUCCUUUU